CUCCUCUUCCUCCUCUCCAAAAGUUGUUUGCUUAACACGCGAGUUUUCUUCGCUUAUUUUAGCUUAAGGAGAAUGAUUGGAGAAAGCGUAGUUCUUGAAUUAACGGAUAGUGGUCAGUGUGUUUGUGUGGUCAGUGCUUAAGACAUGAAGCGCAAUUUACCUCUGCAAAAGAACAGAUGGAUCCUUUUAAGUAUUCCCUUUAUACAUUUCAUUUCUAUAGUCGAUUUGAAGUUACAAAAUCAUAGCAACUUCGCUGUUGCAAAUCCGUAUCAACAAAAUGAAGUCAGAAGGUUUACCAGACAAGUUCCUAGCAAAAGAAAUGGUAACAGAAAGAUUUCCCCCCCUUUGCCUAGAAUACCUCGCAUUUCAUCUUCGGAAUUGGGAAAAAUUAUUGACAGAGCUCAAGCGGUGGUUGAAAGACGAUUAGAAACUACAGAACAAAAUAUUUACAAAAAUGGAAUAGUACUGGAGCCUGGGAGCCCAGCUUGGUUUGCUGCAGCAUCUGCCAAGACAAAAGUUAUUGCCAAAAAUAUUUCCCGAAUGGCUCUCGUGUCAGAGGAAGCUACAAGAGCUCUAGAAAGGCAGUUUAAAUUGAAUAAAGAUCAAGUUCUGCAUGCCUUGCCAACUGUGGACGUCCGGGGUACUGCACUGGAAAAAGACUGCCCACUGACAGUAGAUUUUCCUUGUCGGCCUAAGAAAUAUAGAGCAUAUAGUGGAUACUGCAAUAAUGUACAAAACCCUAGAUGGGGAAAUGCCAACACCGCUUAUGUUCGAUAUUUAAGUCCUGAGUAUACAGACAAUGUGGCUCUUCCCCGAUUGUCUUUUAAAGGUGGAAGCCUCCCUAGUGCUCGACAGGUUAGUCUUACUGUGCACUCGGAUUCUGAAAGACCACAUUCUCAUCUCACUGUAUUCCUUGCCAUUUUUGCCGAAUUUGUGUUCCAUGACAUAUUCCACACAACACAGACUGCUGGUUAUCGAGGCCAUAGAAUACGUUGCUGUGGUGUUCCGCCUAAUUUCCUGCACCCUGAGUGCUAUUCAAUCACAGAUAACUCCACGUCAAACAAGGAAGACUUAUGUGUUAAUUAUGUACGUUCUUCCAAUGCUCCACGUGCUGGUUGCACCUUGGGUCCACGAGAGCAAAUCAACCAAGUGACUUCGUUUCUUGAUGGAUCUGCUAUUUAUGGUUCAUCAGAAGAAGAAGUGCGUCGCUUAAGAGCCUAUAAAAGAGGAUUAAUGAAAACUCAAGAGGAUUUAGACCUUUUGCCCCCAGAUAUUUCUAAUCCUCAUGACUGCAGAACUUCAACUAGGCAUAAGUGCUUUCUUGCAGGUGAUGUCCGAGUCAACGAAAAUGUUGGACUGAUGGUGAUGCAUACUCUGUGGAUGAGAGAGCACAAUCGUAUCGCCCGCCAGCUAUCAAAUAUCAAUCCACAAUGGACAGAUGAACAGCUAUUUGAGGAAACAAGGAGGAUUGUGGGAGCAGAACUGCAGCAUGUGGCAUAUUCAGAGCUGCUCCCAGCUUUGUUAGGUUCCCAAGUAAUGAGGCAAUUCGAUCUUCAGUCAAGGAAAGAUUCCACCUUCUAUAACGGAUACGAUAUUAAUCUUAAUCCCGGGACUUCGAAUGCUUUCGCUGCAGCUGUGGGCGCAUCAUUCUAUUCCAUGAUGCCAUCUCAUUUCUUCCUUUAUGCACAAAAUUUAGGUAACAGAGACAGAAGUCUUCCAGAGCACGCUACUGUGGGAUCAAUGCAGAUCAGUGAAACACAUUUUUUUCCGCAGCCUUUGUAUCAAAAGGAAGCUUUGGACCAAUUCUUGUUGGGAAUGACCAACCAAAGAGCUCAGUCAAUGGAUGAGUUCAUCACAAGAGAAAUGAAUAAUAAUCUCUUCGAUGAACGUGACAGAGAUGCAAAAGAUGACGGUUAUAUGGAUUUGGCAGCAUGGAUUAUUCAGCAGGGCAGAGAUCAUGGUAUUCCUAGUUAUUUAGAAUGGCGAAAUGUGUGCAGAUUAUCUCCUUCUGUUCACAAUUUCACCCAGCUCCGGCAGAUAAUGACCAGCAGUGCAGCUCAGAAAAUCCCACAAAUUUAUAAGGAUGUUCGAGACAUCGACCUUUUCACUGGAGGUUUAUCGGAGAAACCUUUGAUAGGAGGAGUAGUGGGACCGACCUUUGCUUGCAUUCUUAGUCGUCAGUUCCAACAUCUAAAACGAGGAGACAGAUUCUGGUAUGAGAAUGAUGUGCCACCAAAUGCCUUCUCUAAAGAUCAAUUACAGGAGAUUCGAAAAGUUAGUUUAGUACGAAUCCUGUGCGAUAACGCUGGCAAACUGGUGCGUCUUCUGCAACCUUCUCCGCUGCUUAUGCCUGACGAAUAUUUGAAUGCUUUUCAAAGUUGUAAUAUGGCUGCUCCAUCGAUGGAUCUUAGGAAAUGGAAAACAGUGUCUCCAAUAUACGAUGUGCCCAAGGAAACAUUGCUUACAUCUCUUCGAGAAGCAAUGAGACAAGCCAAAAAGAGAAUUGCAGCAGAGCAAGAAAUUUUCAGUAACAAUAUCGGAGUUGCUGAUUAUCGAAGUGCUGAAGCAGUGCAUCAUGUAUUCUUACGACCAAAGCGACAAGCCAUUCUCAUUGCCAAUAAAUCUCUAGUCUUGGAAUUAGCCUCUCGGCAAUUCAUGCACGAAUCUCAGUUAAGAGAUCACGAAAGAAAGCCAAGUGAUUCUGAAAUAACUGCCAUGAUGGUGGCUUUAUCGACUCAAGACGUUGAAGAUUAUCUUCAGCAAGAGAUGAGAGUCACAGAAGAUAGUAUUAUCGAAGGAAGAUGUAGACUAGAAGAGGAUCAGUCUUCACUACCCUGUGAUCACACUACUCCAUUCAGAUCACCUUCGGGAUGGUGCAAUAACGUCCAAAAUCCUCAUUGGGGUAAAUCAUUGGUAACUUUCCAGAGAUUGUUACCACCAAGAUAUGGUGAUGGUAUCAGUUCUCCUCGCAGCACAGGAGUCUCUGGACGCCCUCUUCCAUCGGCUAGACUAGUAUCUUACGUUGUCCAUUACAACACAGAAGCACCCCACGGAAGAUACAGUUUGGCUCUUAUGCAGUGGGGACAAUUUUUGGAUCAUGAUUUAACCUUGACUCCCAUGCAUGAAGCUCUUCAUCGACGACCCUUAGACUGCAAGUCUUGUGAUUCUGCCAUAACAGUUCAUCCAGAAUGCCUGCCAAUACCAAUCCCCCCAGAUGAUCCAUUUUUCCCACCAAUACACAAAAAUUCUUCCAAGAAUUGCAUUUCUUUCGCCAGAUCUCUUGCAGGACAACUUACUUUAGGUCGUCGAGAGCAAAUGGAUCAAGUGACAUCAUACAUAGAUGCAUCGAAUAUGUACGGUUCAGAUGCUUGUGAAGCAAGGAUGUUGAGGGCAUCCUAUGGAGGCCGGCUGAAUUCAACUAAACAUCCCUUUGGUGGCAAAGAGCUUUUACCACAGGAUGUGACGAAUGUCGAAUGCAGAGCGGCAUCAGGCUUGUGCUUUGAAUCAGGUGAUAUCCGAGCCAGCGAGCAACCAGGUUUAACAACAAUGCAUACGAUUUGGAUGAGAGAACAUAAUCGCUUAUCAGAUGAAAUGGCUACAAUAAAUCCUCACUGGGACGAUGAAACUAUUUAUCAACAUGUGCGACGAAUCAUUUCGGCCAUGAUGCAGCAUAUUACCUAUACGGAGUUUCUACCUCGAGUCCUAGGUAAAAAGUUAAUGAAAGAACUGGAGUUAACUUCCAAAGCUUAUGACUAUGAUCCUUUCUGUGACGCUACUAUAUUCAAUGAAUUUGCUUCAGCUGCUUAUAGAUUUGGACACACGCUUUUAAAGCCUAUGCUAAGAAGACUCACUGCUGGAUACAAGACAGCUUCCGGAAAAGAACCUAUUAGACUCAGGAAAGCUUUUUUUAAUCCUGAUACUCUGUAUGAAAAAAACGCCAUCGAUGAAGUACUUCGUGGCUUGCUCAGUAGCAGUGUGGAAGUAUUUGAUCAUUCUAUUACUUCAGAAGUGACAAACCACCUCUUCGAAGACAAUAGGGUACCAUUUUCAGGAAUGGAUCUCGUUUCAUUAAAUUUGCAGAGAGGAAGAGAUCAUGGUUUGCCUCCGUACAACGAAUACCGGACUUUGUGCAAUAAGACUAGAGCCAAACAUUUUAACGAUCUCAAAGAAGACAUCCCAGAGCACAUUGUGGAAAGGAUAAAGAGUGUCUACGAACAUGUCGAUGACAUAGAUCUCUUUACUGGAGGCGUGGCUGAGCAACCUAUGUACGGAGCACUAGUGGGUCCAACAUUUGGAUGCAUUAUAUCAAAACAGUUUAUCAAUCUAAGGAAAUGUGACCGCUUCUGGUACGAAACACAAGAUCCUUUUUUGAGAUUUACACAAGAUCAGUUAUCGGAAAUUCGUAAAACAAAUAUCGCAAAAGUAUUUUGUGAUAAUUCUGAUACUAUCGUAUCCAUACAAAGAAAGGCCUUUGACCUGCCAGAUGAUUUUUUAAACCCACGUAUGCCUUGCACGAAUCUACCAAGUCUAGAUUUAAGCCACUGGAAAGAUAAGACUUCAUGCCACCUAAACACUGGUGAUGAAGGUUUUACUGUUGCUAUGGGUCAUUCGCACAGAAUUUCACCUUGUGUGACAUGUUCUUGUACAAAAGAAGGG